CAGGGAUGUAGACAGAAAGAACGGGGGUGGGGGAAGGAAGGAAAGCACGCUUCGCCAGGAUCCAGCUGUUUUCUAACAAACCUAAGCCUACGGAAGCUAGGAAGAUAUCGGAAGCAAGGAAGAUAUCGGAAGCGACGGCAUCCCUCAAAUUCGAGAGGGCGGAUGCCUCUACGGCUAGAGAGGCUCCCUAGCCCUCAGUUACAGAGCGACUGGGAGGGGACAAAAUGGAGUUGAGGUUUAGGGGCACCCUAAAGGUCGUUUGGAGGUCUAGCAAGCACUUCAUGGUCUCCUCCGGAAAGGGCCGUGGCAAAGCCUAGUACCCCGAUCAGGAAGAUGACUUCUGGCCCUCGGGAUGCGGUGAGCGGCAGGAAGAGGCAGGCUGGGGUUCCGAGGACCCCAGAGUCCAUCACAGGAGCAGAUACAGUGACCUCGGGAAUCUUACCGGCCCCAGCGGAGGCGAGCGGAUAGAUAGCCCUGGCUCAAGGAAAAAAGCGAGCCGACUCCAGGAGCUGGAAUGCCCACCCAACCUCCUCCCGGCUCAGGUGAGGUACGCCAGUCCCCCUCUGGAAAUGGGGCCCUGGUACCGACAGGGCAGGGGUGCCGCGGCCGCAACCUCCCUAUCCAGGGAUACUCACCGGAGGGGCGGCCCACCGCGUCUUCGCAGCCGGCCGGCGCCUGGCACUCGGGAAGCUCGCAAAAAGGAACCGCGUGCCCGCUAGCGCUGGGACGAGGAGGAGCGCGCGGCGGAGGCCAGAGAAAAAGCCGCAGCGGCGCGCGCGCACCCGGACAGCCGGCAGAGGCGGGACUCAGCGCGAGCCCGGAAAAGACGCGCCCGGAGGGGCGGGCGGAGCGGGGGCGCGCGGUGGUGUGGCAGAGCCAGCCGAAUCGCUGGCUGCAGACGGCUCGGCCCACCCACGCGCCCGCCCCCGCUCGCCCGGGACGUCAGUCGAAAAGGCGGAGCCGAACGGGCUUCCCGGGGCGCGGGAGGGGCGCUGCGAGGAAGGCGAGGCGGCUAACGGCUCGCCUCAAGUUGUUGCUCCCGCUGGCGAUCCGCUUCUGUCAGGCUCGCUGCUGGUGUCGUUGAGUGUGUUUCGGGAUGUCCUUGCGCCUAACAGCAGUGAGGCGCAGAAUUGGCCCACGCCCUCACCUGCGGCUUGCUUCGCAGGACUCCACCCUAGGAUAAAAGUUCCCCUCGGGUCAUCUUCCAGCUGCCCUCAAAAGACACUCAUUUUUGGGUUUCACUGCUCCUGGUUUAGAGAGCUAUCUUAAACACUUUGACUAAAAGCAUCUUGCUCCUGUAAGCCUGAACUAAUGCCUCUCAUCCAUUUAUCUUGCCUCUUACUGCGUUAAGAUCCCCGCUCACUCCCACUGAUGAAAUAUCACAAGGACGCAGGAUUUUCACGUUGUCUUUCAUUUCCACGAUGGUAUCAUGGCAAAAAAAACCCCAACUGAUAAGGAAAAGUCACCGCAGCUUUGUGACAUCUUACUAGCCCUGAUCAUUGCUUAUAAGCCGGUCAUACGAAUGCUGUUCCAACAGAUGCAAGAAAUUGCUAUUAAAAUUAAAAUGCCAGCGAACUAUCUGAGGGCUUCAAAAGGGACAGACCAUAAUUGCAAAUGAGGCCUGAUAAACUGCCAAGAAUAUAUCACCCAAAAAAAUAAAUCUCAAGAAUUCUUCCAGUUCCCUGAUGCGUAAUGGUGAACUAGCUUCCUGUUCCUGAUGGUAAUUGACAUUUCACUUCACUUGCUGAUUUCCAUUUUCCCAUAGAAUUACCAUUUGUGCUUGUGUGUGUGUAUAUAUAUAUGUAUAUAUAAAAUGCCUUACCACCUGAGAUUACAAGCUAGAGUAGUUCUUCAGUGUGCAUCACAAUUAUCUGGGGUGCUUGUUGAAAUGUAGGUACCUGGAGCUACAACCCCCAGGUAUUUUGAUUCUGAUCUGGGUAGGGAUAAGAAAUUUGAAUUUUUAAUAAGCAGCCCAGGUGACACUAAAAGUGGUUAGCUGAGAGCACAGAGCUAUAGUUUUUGUGUUACUACUCUAAAGCCAUAUUACCAAUUCAAUUUCCAAGAAACCCACCCACUUACAUAUAAUAUACCUAUAAAUAUUGCUAAGACAGUCAUGUAGCUUCCUUUUUCAAGAUUGACCUACAAAGUUCAGUACUUCAAACAACGAGUUUAAUUGUCAUGUUUAUUUUAUGAAAUCUUGUUUUAAUACCAGAAAUAAGCAAUCAUAUGUCAGGUAUGUAAUUCACUGGGUAACUAUGAUGUACAGAGCACUAUCACCUACAGUUGGGUUAACACAAAUGAAAUUGAAGAAAUGAAUAUCGCUGUUCUCAAUAAAGUUAGUGUCUAGUUGUGGAAUUAAAAUAUAGAUAUAAUACAAACCCAGUGUAGCACAUAAAUCAGUGUGCUGGAUGAAGAUGAAAAAGAACUUGUAAUUAAAGAGUACUUUUGCCAGUU